AUGAAUAAGUUUGUUGGAAUCACAGACACCUGCGUGGUCCGGUAUUGGACCAAACACAACAUCCCCCCUGUCGCAGCACGAUACUUAGGUGCUCCUAUCCAUCCAAUCCGGCCCAAAAUCGUCCACACGCUAGCCCAUCGCGAUAAAAACACAUUAUGGUGGCGAGUAUCAGUGAACAAGCUCCUGCCAUAUAAACGGGUGGUUCGCUCCUGGUGCGCGCGCAGAGUGAGGAUCGCGUUCGAAGAGGCACUGAAACAACAUGGACUGGACAGGCUUGGUAAACGGAUACCCGAGUCCUCUGCUCAAAAGAACUUGACGGGGUCGAUGGAGAUCUAUAUCCAAGUGCCAUGUGUAGUGCAAAGCUUCGAGGAUAUCCGGAAGGAUGCAAACAAAGUCAUGGCCGAGCUUAUGGCGCACCAGUCCGCGCAAGAAUCGGCCUCUCCGAACACUCAAACUCCAAGGUGA